ACUCAAGUUUGUGUGGUGUGUCACAAUGGACUCAAAGUACCACAAUGCAACUCAGACUAAAUAUCGUCUCCCCUAGCUACGGCUUUGGUUGCUACGCCCUAAGAAAAAGAAGAAGAAGAAGAAGAAGAAGAGGCAGAAGAAGUGGGAGGCUUGUCCCUGAAAGAGCUCAUUGUGGGGCGGGAUGUGUGUGUGUGGUGUCAGAUGAGAGGACCCCCUCCUCCUUAACUAGCUGGUCAGCGGUGGAGGGAUAACGAACGCCACCUCCGCUCAACUCUCCGGUUGGAGAUUGCGUUAAAGCGUGAAUCAUGUCCGUCGUCAUUACUACACACUGGGAGUGGAGACGAAAUUGUGCAAGAUACGGAUAACAGCGUCAAACAAGCCCCGUGUGGACUCAGACAAGUUUCCAGCUCGUCCCGAGAGUGUUUGUGCCGCGAUAAUGCCUCACCGGAGGCUCUGCUCCUGCUGCUGCUGCUGCUCCUGCUGCCACCGCUGCUGCUCCUCACACUCGUCGCAUUAUUAUGCUGCUGCUGCCUCCCUCACAUGUGCUUCACGUUGAAGAAGUGACCAGGAGAACGCCUGCAACAAGGAGGGCGACUCAGCCCGAACCUAAAACCUGAGCGGAUACUUUCAUUUUUCUUUCGCCGUGCGGGAAUUUUCCUUAAGUGGACGCGGUGGUGGAGGAGGAGGAGGCGAGGAGGAGAAGAAGGAGAAGAAGUAAAAAGUUCUUGUACUUGUUGGACGAGCAGGAAACAUGGGGAACGCAGGGAGCAUGGAGCAGCACACUGAUUUCAGAGGACACAACAUGCCUCUGAAACUGCCCAUGCCAGAGCCAGGGGAGCUGGAGGAGAGAUUUGCCAUCGUUUUGAAUUCGAUGAAUCUUCCUCCAGACAAAGCCCGACUUUUGCGGCAGUACGACAACGAGAAGAAGUGGGAACUCAUUUGUGAUCAGGAGCGAUUUCAAGUGAAAAACCCACCGCACACGUACCUCCAAAAGUUGAGGAGUUAUCUCGAUCCAGCAGUCACAAGAAAGAAAUUCAGACGGAGGGUUCAGGAGUCCACCCAAGUCCUGAGAGAACUGGAAAUUUCAUUACGGACCAAUCAUAUAGGGUGGGUGCGAGAAUUCCUAAAUGAAGAGAAUAAGGGCCUGGACGUCCUGGUGGAAUAUCUCUCUUUUGCACAGUAUGCAGUCACGUUUGAUGGCGACUGUUUGGAGAACAACCCGGACGCUGCCAUAGAUAAGUCCAAGUCCUGGAGCCGCUCUAUAGAAGACCUGCACAGAGGAGGCACCCUGCCAUCUCACAUCACUGGGAACGGCAUCACACGCGCUGGGCGACAUUCCACGUUACGCUCUAACACCCUGCCCAGCCGACGAACUCUGAAAAACUCCAGAGUGGUGUGUAAAAAAGAUGACGUCCAUGUCUGUAUCAUGUGCCUACGUGCUAUCAUGAACUACCAGUAUGGAUUCAACAUGGUUAUGUCCCACCCACAUGCUGUGAAUGAAAUUGCACUAAGUCUCAACAAUAAAAAUCCGAGGACUAAAGCUUUGGUCUUGGAGCUCCUGGCGGCAGUUUGUCUCGUGAGAGGAGGACAUGAAAUUAUUCUCUCUGCGUUCGACAACUUUAAAGAGGUAUGUCAGGAGACGCAGCGGUUUGAGAAGCUCAUGGAGUAUUUCAAGAAUGAGGACAACAACGUCGACUUCAUGGUGGCCUGUAUGCAGUUCAUCAACAUCGCUGUGCACUCGGUGGAGGACAUGAACUUCAGGGUUCAUCUACAGUACGACUUCACCAAGCUGAGUCUGGACGACUACUUAGACAAACUAAAACACACAGAGAGCGAUAAGCUGCAGGUUCAGAUCCAGGCGUACUUGGAUAACGUCUUUGAUGUUGGAGCGCUCCUCGAGGACGCGGAGACCAAAAACGCUGCUCUGGAGCGAGUGGAAGAGCUGGAGGAGAACAUGUCCCAUUUGACAGAGAAGCUGCAGGACACAGAGAAUGAGGCCAUGUCCAAGAUCGUGGAGCUGGAGAAGCAGCUGAUGCAAAGAAACAAGGACCUUGAAUCCCUCAUGUCUGUCUACAAAGAGACCAGCUCGCAGGUGCACACGCUGCGGCUUACACUGAAGGAGAAAGAUGAGGCCAUCCAGCGACAGAGUAACCUGGAGAAGAAGAUCCAUGAGCUGGAGAAGCAGGGCACCAUCAAAAUCCACAAGAAAGGAGACGGUGACAUCUCCAUUCUGCCCUCACCGCCUCCUGGCGUGGAGGGUGUGCCGGGUGCCGUGAUUGGUGGAGGAUUGAGUGGAGCUGUCAGUCCAAACCAUGUCGGAGGUGUUGCAGUGUCAAACGGACCAUCAUCAGCCAUUCCAACAGCAGUAGCACCCCCGGCUCCCCCACCGCCCCCUCCACCGCCACCUCCUCCCCCUCCACCACCUCCGCCUCUUCCCCCACCUGGGAACUCAGCGCCUCCGCCUCCUCCACCUCCUCCUAUGGCGCCCCCACUGCCUGGCUGUGGGACACCCACUGUCAUCAUGAACUCUGGGUUAGCUGAGGGACCCAUCAAACUUUUCUCUGUGAAGAUCAAGAAACCCAUCAAGACAAAGUUCCGCAUGCCUGUCUUCAACUGGGUAGCGCUCAAACCAAACCAGAUCAACGGGACAGUUUUCAAUGAGAUCGACGACGAGAGGAUACUAGAGGAGCUGAACGUGGACGAGUUUGAGGAGAUGUUUAAGACGAAAGCCCAGGGGGCGCCGAUUGAACUCAACAUGAGCAAGCAGAAGGUCCUGCAGAAGGUACCCAGCAAGGUUUCUCUGCUGGAGUCCAACAGAGCAAAGAACCUGGCCAUCACGCUGAGGAAAGCAGGCAAGACCCCUGAGGAGAUCUGCAAGGGCAUCCAGCUGUUCGACCUCCGGACUCUGCCGGUGGACUUUGUGGAGUGUCUGAUGCGCUUCCAGCCCACAGAGAACGAGAUCAAAAUCCUGCGACAGUUUGAGAAGGAGCGCAAGCCCCUGGAGAGCCUGACGGACGAGGACCGCUUCAUGGUGCAGUUCAGCAAGAUCGAGCGGCUCAUGCAGAAGAUGACCAUCAUGACCUUCAUCGGCAACUUCUCUGAGAGCAUCCAGAUGCUCACGCCGCAACUUCAUGCCGUCAUUGCAGCAUCAGUGUCCAUCAAGUCAUCACAGAAGCUAAAGAAGAUUCUGGAGAUUGUCUUGGCACUUGGAAACUACAUGAACAGCAGCAAAAGAGGAGCGGUGUACGGAUUCAAGUUGCAAAGUCUAGACUUGCUCCUUGAUACCAAGUCCACGGACCGUAAGCUAACACUGUUGCACUACAUAGCCAAUGUGGUGAGGGAGAAAUAUACGCAGGUUUCUCUCUUCUACAAUGAGCUGAACUAUGUGGAGAAAGCUGCCGUCGUCUCGCUGGAUAACGUUUUGCUGGACGUGAAGGAGCUGCAGAGGGGGAUGGAGCUGACCAAACGAGAGUACAGCAUGCACGGCCACAACACCAUGCUCAAAGACUUCAUCGCGCACAACGAGAGCAAGCUGAAGAAGCUGCAGGAGGACGCCAAAAUUGCACAGGACGCCUUCGACGAGGCGGUGAAAUUCUUCGGGGAGAACACCAAAACCACGCCGCCGUCCGUCUUCUUCCCCGUGUUUGUGCGUUUUGUUAGGGCGUACAAGCAAGCAGAAGAGGACAAUGAGCAAAGAAAGAGACAGGAGCAGAUUUUGAGGGAGAAACUUCUGGAGCAAGAAGCCAUGAUGGAGGAAGACCAGAAGUCUCCAUCCCAUAAGAACAAGCGGCAGCAACAAGAGCUGAUCCACGAGCUGAGGAAGAAACAGGUGAAAGACAGUCGCCAUGUUUAUGAAGGCAAAGACGGAGCGAUUGAGGACAUCAUCACAGUGCUGAAGACCGUGCCCUUUACCGCCCGCACCGCCAAGCGCGGCUCUCGGUUCUUCUGCGAGUCCGCCCUCAAUGACGAGUACCAUUACUAAGCUUAUAGAACUCUCUCUCCUCUCAAAGAUUUGAGGAAUCAGCCUUACAGGCGAGCGGACGCUGUGCGGAGGAGCGUCAGGAGACGCUUCGAUGAUCAGAACCUGCGGCCGAUGAACAACGGCGAAGUUUUCAUGUGAUGAGGGAACAGAGCAUGUGCUGGGAGGGACGGAGGGAGGGAAGGAAGGAAGGAAGGGAAGGAAGGGAGGGAAGGAAGUGAAAUGUCAGGAAAGAGGGAGAGACAAGAAGGUCGGAUGCAGAGGGAAGGCUGAUGAGUGUCGUAGCAACCAGAGAGAUGAGUAUGUAUAUAUAUUACAUAAGAAUACAUGUUAUUCCAUGUCUAUGGUAUAGUAGCAGCUUUUCACUAUGAAGGACAGAGGGAUGUAUGGGAACUUUUAAAGGUCGCUUUCCGAAACCUUUGACAAACUAAGUGCCUGAACUUAUUUUUGUGGUCUAACGUCGCACUGUGUUCUCUCUUUUUUUUUUUUUUUUUUAAUUAAUCUGCUUAAAGCAAUACGAUUUGACAAGGCUUUAACUUUGGGACGUGUAAAACUGGACUCGUGGCUUAAAGAGCCACGUAAAGAGACUCUUUCCCCCCCGGAGAGACAUAUUGAAGAAUGUAUGGGAUGUGUGCCCCCCCCCCCCCCCCCUUCAGCUGUUACAGGUAUUACUAACUUUUAGUGAUGCUAUAUUCACACAUUGGGAAUAUUUCGGUACACUUUGGUGCUCUCUCUCUCUUUUUCCCCCCAUUCCUCUCACAAACAUUCUUCUCAUCUUCAAACCACAAAGGGCUGACGAUCAGAGAGAAAGAAAGAGAAAUCUGUAUUUGUACUAAAUAAUGUAUCGUACAUUUAACAAAAAAAAGAAAAAGAAAAAGAUGAGUCAUAUUUUUUCAGAAUAAGCCCAGGAUAAUAAUGUGAAUUGUAUAUAAUCUGACCUCGUUAUACCGACUGCCUUUUCACUGGGUUCAGCCUGACUUUGUAGCUCCUUAUCUGUAAAAGAAGGCGGGAACUGAACUGUCCAUUUUUUUAUUAUAACAACAAUUUGGUUUCUGGGAACAAAGAAAAAAAGAAAAAGCAUAAAAACUGCACGAAUAAUAAUGCCCGAAUGCUACUGGAUGAGCUCAUCAUCAAAACUGGACAGAACUUGGCGUCACAUUCCCCGGUUAAUCGUAUUCCGUGCUACUGUGUCUACUCACUUUAUUUGUAAUUUUAAUGUAUAGUAUUUAACCACUGAAAAGAUUCCGUUUAAGCUCGUGUUUUCCAUCUAAUGUGUUGAAAAUAAAACGUACGCAACACAAAAAACAACGUUCCUAAAUGUACAGAUAUUUUGCUACAAACAUGUUUUUUUUUUUUCACUUAUUCACAUUACCAGACGGUUAAUAUUGUAAAUAUUGUUUAAACAAAAAAAAGUUUUCAUUGCCUUGUCUUAUACAACUUGAAUGUUAUUUUAACUUAUAGAUUUUGUUUCCAUUUUUUUUUUUGUAUAUUUAAUAAUGACGCCAAAUGCAGCCAGAAAUCUCCAGUUAAAGUCACAUCACAUCUCACAUGAUGCAGGAGGACGAGUCCGUUUACUCAAAGCCAGACACAAAUGUCUGUUCAUGUUUGAGCUUCAUGGUCAAAACCAGUUAACUAGUGAACCAGUUUAGUGUUUGUUGACCUGUGCUGGUUUUGUGUCUCACUGAAUGUCUCGACUGUCAUCACCGUCCUCUGUCAACUUCACUGUGUGUCUCAAGAGUUCUUCCUCUAACGGGAUAAUACUGGCAUGUUCUCUUCUGUUCUUGUUUUUUACCUUCACCAGAAAUGUAUUUUAGGCAGUUUUUGCUUAUUACAAAAAAUAACAAGCUUUUUUUUGUUUUAAAUACAAAAUUUUAGGUGAUAUGAGAUUUUCAAUUAUGAUCAAAUAAAAUAUUUACAUAAAUGUUA